GCGAUCCGGAGAACCACGACCGCUGUGCGGAAAAUGGACUGAGUGAGGGAGGGCGCUCUUUCCACCACUGCUGCCUAUAGCAUCGAAAUACCUACCAGCUAGGCUCAAAUUGACGAUUUCAGGUGGCGGAAUUCACAAGAAAAAUACAGUGCCGUCAUUAGUCUUUCACAUCCCACUCUAGACACACUAACACGGCAUUGAUGGUAAUGUAUGCGAGGAAACAACCGAGACUCGGCGAUGGGUGCGACCGAAGAGAUUCUCAGCCCUAUCAGACUCUCAAAUACUCAUCCAAGAGCCAUCCAGCAGGAGAUCACCGACAUGAAAAGAUGCGAGACCACUCCGAUGUCACCCCUCCCUGCAAAAUGCUCCGAAGGUCUGACAGCCCAGAAAACAAACACAGUGACACCACAGGGAACAGCAGAGCAAAGGCUGUCCAUGCACACAGGGCCAGAGAUCGUGAUGGAGGGACCAGUAAUUCGCCACAUGAAAAUUCUCACAACCACAGUGCCCUUCAGAGCUCCAACUCGCAUUCAAAUCCCUGCAAACCCUCAGACACAACUCACGAACCAGGUGAUGACUGGUCAGAGCACAUUAGCUCAUCCGGGAAGAAAUACUAUUACAACUGCCGAACAGAGGUGUCCCAGUGGGAGAAACCCAAAGAAUGGCUGGAGAGAGAACAGCGACAAAAGGAGGCGACAAAACAGACUGCAGUUGUCAACAGUUUCCCCAAGGACAGGGACUACAGAAGGGAAGCAAUGCAGACAUCAGUGCCGCCCGGGUUUCCGGCAACAAAGUCAGCACAGGUGGAGAAAGCCACAACGGCUCAUGCCACCCAGUCAUCAUCUUCUGGCCCGGGGAGCUUCAACCCCUCAUCAGGCACCCCGGGAUCGUCGUCAUCCUCCACCGUCCCCGUCUCACCGGUCCUGCAGAGCCCCGCCCCUCCACUUCUCCAAGACCCCACUUUGUUACGCCAGCUUCUCCCUGCACUUCAGACUGCCCUGCAGCUCAAUAAUGCCAGUAUGGACAUGGCAAAAAUCAACGAAGUUUUGACAGCUGCGGUCACACAGGCUUCGUUACAGUCGAUGCUUCAUAAGAUCCUCACUGCUGGGCCAUCAGCUUUCAAUAUUACGACUAUUCUCUCUCAAGCGGCUCAACUCUCCAGCCAAGCUCAGCAGUCAAACCAGUCACCGAUGUCAUUAACAUCAGAUGCAUCAUCACCCAGAUCCUAUGUUUCUCCUCGCAUCAGCACGCCACAAGCCACUGCUGGUCCCCUCAAACCGCUACUCAGCACCCAGCUGGGCAUCUCGCUGUCAAAGGCAAGUACACCAACGGUCAAGCAGUCAUCUCAUCCCCAGCAAACGUCUCAGCAGCCCCUCCCCAGUGAGAAGCAGCACACUCACGAAGCUACCACAGCAUCACCACGCACCCUCCAGCGCCAAGGCAGCCAGAGGAGUCCCUCCCCAGGUCUCAACCACGUCGCAACUGGCGGCGGCAGCAAUGCCCCUACAUCUGCCUGUGCUACUCCCACCUCCUCGACAUCCCGGCCCUCCUGCUCCUUCACACCCUCCCUUGCUGCUCACUUCAAUGAGAAUCUUAUAAAGCAUGUCCAAGGUUGGCCUGCUGAACAUGCAGAAAAACAGGCAUCACGAUUACGCGAAGAGACUCACACAAUGGGCAGCAUUUGCAUGUCUGAGAACUGCACUGAGCUCAAAAACCUGCGUUCCUUGGUCCGAGUCAGCGAAAUACAAGCCACAUUGCGCGAACAAAGGAUACUGUUUCUAAGACAGCAAAUCAAAGAACUUGAAAAGUUGAAGAACCAGAAUUCUUUCAUGGUCUGAGAACUUUUUGUCUCAAGUCGAAGCGGGCGUUCGAGGAGGGUUGACGGGGAACGGGGGGGUACAGGUGGAGGGCGACCCAUUGCACAUAGCUGAAAGCCAGAGGCCGAGCGCUUGUUCAGUUUUUCUCGAGCCCCAUCUUCACACAUGCACACAGGAGCUGUUGUCGGUUUAGCUUUGGACCGUUUGGGCGGCAAAGAGCCAAGAAAGAAGGAAAGGAAGAGCUGUUUGGAGAGGAGGGUUGAUUUACAAUUCCGCUUUGUUCAAAAAGAAAAAAAGAGAGAGAAAAAAAUAAAUGUAGAUUUCUUGUAGAUGUUAUCUAUGUUGUAAAUAUGUUUUGUAGAAUGAAGCCAUCGAAAGCCAUGUCUAUCAAAGCUUUUGACAUCCAAACUAAUCAGCACCUCGGCGGCUACACCCUUUAGCUAGCCUUUUCCUUCAUGGGAACUCGUCUGCAGCUUUCUGUUGUCAAUUCAUAGAUGACAGGAGAAUCUUUGGGGUCAAUGACUUACACAGAAGUUGAGCGAUACAGAAUCACACUGGUCUCAUUUUUUUCAUUUCCUCUUCAAACCUCGAUGAACUCCUGACUCUUCCCUCCUUAGCCCUCUCUCGGGGUGAAGUGCACUCGGGCAUGGUGAAGCAUCCCCUUCUAGCAAGGUCCAGCACAACUGCUCCUAACGGUUAGGUGGUGUAUUUGCAGCUUCUGUUGGCCCUGCAUCUCCAAGUCUUGAUAAACUAGUGCCUGGUGGUGUGGUUGCGUGUGACUCCAAAAGAUACAAAUAAUAGAUGGGAAGUUGCUUUGAAUCAUUCCCACGCCCCUUGUCUGGCUUCAGCCUGGUCCUGCCACAAGUUCCACGUAUUUUUUUUCUUCCCCUUUUGCGAUGCAGGUUCAUUCCAUUGUACAGUCAACAAAGUGGACAACAUUCAAAGGGUUUAUUUAUAAAGAGUUGUAGAGAUUUACACUUUGAUUUGCACUCUGUAGGAAGGGACAAAAAGCAAACAGACAGGUAUGGGCAGAGGUGUGUGUGGUGACAAGGUGAAAAUGUGAAUUGUAUGUAUGAGAGUUAACAUGUUAAACUAAAGAGAGCCCUGAUUAUUUUAUUGGAGUGUUGGGUUUUGGUUUGAUAUGAUGCUAGUGCCUUGUUGAAAAUCUCAUUCGCCUACACAUCCCUCUCCUGUUCGCUUUUUUUUUUACCUUCUGUUUGACAAAAUAAAAUCAACAAAAAAAGUUAAUAAUAAUAAAAUAAGAUGUUCAAAAAGCAUGUCCCAUCUUUGUUAUUGUUUGCCCUCCAUUGUUGAAUCACAGGGUCCCCAAGCUGCAAAGUUUAAUUCCACCAUCCUGUCAUUUUAAAAGCCUCUCUCAUUCAACUUCACUACACAUUCAGUAAAGGUGACCACAUCCUUCGUUUGUAUAUUGAAGUAUAUGACAGAUGUAAUAAAAUGUCUCUGAAGGGUCA